AUGCCUUUAUUACAACCAUCCACUUGCUUCUGCUACCCUUUAAAACUUCCUCCAUUGCCGCUGGCCUCCGAUUCCAACGAGUUGGACGAAUGUGCCAGGAAGAGGCUGACGCUGGACUACAGGACAGGUUCAGCUGUAACGCUAACAAGGUCCAAUAUUUUUGUACAUGGUGGCCUGACCAUCCCAUUGAACCUGCCGACUGUAAAUUCCAUGCAAUUGCAGAAGGAGCUUAUAUUGUUCUUUGCCAAGGAGAAAAAUAAUGGUAGUUCUUUUAGAAACCUGAACGAAUGGAUAAGUAAAGAGACGUUUUUCCUGGACCUGAUGUCUAGGACUUGGUAUAGAGUGAAAACGUCAUUUGACCAGAAAACAGAGGAACUGUUGAGAGCGGAGAAUCCCAGUUACAAGCCAAACACCGAUACAAACGACAUUCAGGUGGACGUUAAGAAAAACAGGUUUGUAGAAUCCCCUCUCAAGGAAAGGCUAUUCCACUCCCUAUGCUAUUUAGACGGAUGUUUGUAUGUGUUUGGUGGUCUCACUGUGUCUCCGCAAAGCGGGUAUGAGCUGAUUGCCACUAACGAACUGUGGAAACUAGACUUGAAUACCAAGAAAUGGUCGCUGUUGAGCGAAGACCCUCAGAUAACGAGAAGGUUUAACCAUAAUAUGCAUGUCAAGAACGAAAAUAAUGAUAAUAAGGACACGAAGCUGAUAAUUGUUGGUGGACUCAACAACAUGGAUCAGCCCGUCAGGAAAAUAGACAUUUAUAACAUAUCGCAGAAUUGUUGGCAGUCGGAAACCAUACCCAAGCAGCCAAUGGACAUCAUCACAAACGUUAAUGGGAUACCCUUGGCGUUGGCAAAGGACCAGAAUUUUUCCAUCCUGGUCGAAAAUAAUGAAGCGAAUAUUCCUGCCCUGGCAUUCUACAUGCGCAGUGAUCAGAUAGACAAAUGUCUCGAGAAGGACACCUCCAAAGUAAAGAACCACUCCCCCAUAGUGGCGUUGCCCCUGUUGUCCGAGUCUCACGGCAUCAGAAUGCCAUCAAACCCAGCUUUACCGAAAGAACUAUUGAACGUUCCGUAUGACUUAUUGGCCCCGACAGGGGGGUAUUUCGGGUUCAAUAUCGUGAUCGGCGGGUUUCAUCCAAAUUACCAAUCUUCUAAUUUCCACUGCUUUAUAUACGAUAUCAAUUCGGGCAAGUGGUCACGGGUGGCUACUGCUUGCCCCGACUGUGAUAUCAAUAAACACCGAUUCUGGAGAGUGUUUGUAUGGAGGUCACAUCACCAGACCAUUUUACUGGGUACGAAGACCGAUGACUAUUACUCGCCAAGUGUACAAAGGUUUGAUCAUCUUUCGACUUUUGGGCUACCCCUAGUAAAUAUUUUCAACAAGACAAUACAACUACCCCAUCACAGAAUAUCAGCCUCGUCUUUACCGACACCAAUAGAGAAUUUUGCGAAGCAUAAGGACACACCAUUGAGGAAGUUAAGCUUUACCUCGUCAGCUACCUCCCAAUUUGAAAAUUACAUUAGAUAUAUAGCUCCGCCCUUGGAAAUGUCAUCCAUUCAAUCGGUGUUCCCACCUUAUGCUAUGGUUCUGGGUAAAGACGCCCUGGAAAUUUACGGAAAGCCCCUAUCGGAUUUCGAAUUCAUUACUAGUGAAGGCGACUCGAUCGGGAUACCAUGCUAUUUACUAAGGAAAAGGUGGGGCCGUUAUUUCGACAUGCUCUUAUCACAAAGCUAUACAAAAGUUUGUGCCGAUUACGAAAGCACCGGUACGCAAUCUACGCUAAUCAAAUUCUCGCCGCAUUCAUCCAGGAACAGUUCCAAAGCUGUAAGGCCGGAAGGCAGGCUUUCUUCAUCAGGCUCACUGGACAAUUACUUCGAAAAAAACUUCCCAAUCUUUGCAAGAACAAGUGUUGCUGAGGCUCAAAAUACACGCCCUCAAGUAGCAAAUGCGGAUACGAAACUUUCGAAUAGAUCAAAUGCAUCAGAUGAACGAAGCUCUUCCACUUCUUCCGAGUUGUACUCGACUCCGCAUUAUCAACAUAGUAAUUAUGGAGAAGACGAUGAAGAUCCUGUUUCUCCAAAGCCCGUAUCAAAAUCAAACAGUAUUUAUAGACCAAUUAGGAAAACUGAAAGUUCUUCCACAACAAGUUCUUCGAAUGGUAUGGUAUUCAGGGUGCCCUUCAAGGAAAAGGCCGCAGUAAUGACAAAUGCAGAAGGUGCUUUGGGAGCAAAUCCUUCCCUUCAAGAAUUGAGCAGGAGAAGAUCAUCACUUAUGAGCAUCCCUUCCGGUGGCCUUCUAAGACCAUCCAUAUCUGAGGCGGAACAUCAACGUCGUGCGUCGCAUCCGCUGACUUCAUCACCACUACUAGAGGAUGAGGGAACAUCAGGUGGUAAACAGCAGCAACAGCAAAGUUUACAAAAUUCUCACAGUCAUUUAUCCCCCCGCAGAUUUUCCAGGAGUGCAAGAAGCUCAAUUUCCUACGUGAGUUCUUCAUCUGACAGGCGUGGAAACUCAAUUUCUAGUAGAAGUACAAGCGAAAGCAUUGAAACGCCACCUAUUUUAGGUGUUUUGAAUGUACCAUUGCCGCCUCAAACGAAAGAACCUAACGAACCCCCUCCACCGUGUCCCGCCACGUGCGCAAGGCGAAGCAACACCUUAACAGACUAUAUGCAUUCUAACAAGGCUAGUCCAUUUUCUUCUCGUAGAUCAUCGCACGUCAGUAGACGUUCCAGCACACCAGAAACGGAAAACGCAUUUAGCGCAACGCCAAGAGUGUCCUUAGAUGACCAAAUGCUGGGAAAGUCUUUUAAGGAAGGUUCUGCGUCGCAGUAUACGCAACCGCGAAUGAACUCUUUUCCAAAAGCUACUGAAACAAUGCAGACUCCCACACCAUCGCAAAAUGAAUGGAGUCGCCAAUCAGUUACUUCCAAUGCAGAUAGCUUUGAUAGUAUGCAAUCUAAUUUUGCCUUGGAAUUGGAGCCGCUAUUAACACCAAGAUCACUAUACAUGCCUUGGCCAACUUCCACAGUCCGGGCCUUUGCAGAGUUCUUUUAUACGGGACAAGUGAAUAGCAAAUGGCUUUUGGCACCGGUCGCCCUUGAUUUAUUGGUAAUGGCUAAGAUCUAUGAAAUUCCGUUACUUUAUAAAUUGAUCCUCGAGGUUUUGUAUUCGAUUCUGGCCAAAAAGGAGGAAAGUUUAUCCCUAAUUUGUACUUCGUUAAUGGAAAAUUUCCAUACCAAAGUUCUCAAUUAUUAUAAAGGUGAUGAAGAUAAAACGAAAACUUAUCUAAGUUCAAGUGACAAUUAUCAGGAAAUGCUUAAAUUGAAAACGUCGUUAGAAAAUAUCGAUAAUGGAUAUUACGACCCUGAUUUAUUACGGAAUCAAUCAAGAGCACAUUCUUCAAGCACACAAGAAAGUAGUGGUAGUGGAAAUGGCGAGAAAACUGCAAGCGGUGCCGGCUCCCUGGACACUCCUUCAAGCAAUGUUCCCACAGUCUUUGCUGGGGGGCCUAGGGAUAGUCACAAUUCGGUGGGCUCCAUUGGGUUUCCAAAUGGUAUGAAUAUGCAAGGAUCAAGGAGAUCAACAUCAGGGUUUUCUCCACGUGUUAAGAUGAAGUCAAGUUUAAGUAAGGAAAUAAAUGCAAAAAGCUUUUAUGACGAGUAUGAGUCAAAAGAGUGCAAAGGCUUUGAAGAGAACGAUGAUCAGCAAACCAAUAUGGGGAGCUUUAAUCUUAACCUGUUUGAUAUGAAUUAUGGUUCCAUCAGCAGUAGUAGUACUAAUAGCAUCAGCAGCGGCGACUUCGAAGAGAAAGAAGAACAGGAGCAGCUUCAAGAUUUAUUAGAAAUUGAAAGGGAGGAUUCUGCUGAAAUUCUAGAUGCAAGGACUAGAAACAAAGAAAACGAUAAAGUAAUGAAGGAUACGCCAAAAGACAAGGGUCAUACCUACCCACCGCAAGAAAAAGUUACCAACUUGAAAGCUAAAGAAGGUAAAGACCCUAAAGAUGAGAGGGAGGAAGAGGAGGAAUUUGACUUUGGCUUGGGAAUGCUUUCACUCAAUAAGAUAAAAAGGGAGGCCAAGCAUGUUGAUAAGAUAGACGAUUCGGUAGACCCGUUAUUCAAAUCAUCCGGUUUCCCACAAAGUCCAGUUCGAGCAUAUGGGUCUACCACGAGGACUAGCUCAGCUUCUGGAAAGCCGUAUAAGGACAAUCGGCCGUUCAAUGCAUUUUCUGUUUUAACGCUAGAAAAUAUGGCAUCUGCAAAUGCAUUGCCUCCCGUUGAUUAUGUCAUAAAAUCAAUUUACAGAACUACCGUGUUAGUAAAUGAUAUCCGGUUGAUGGUACGUUGUAUGGAUUGCAUUGAACUGUCUAAAAAUCUAAGAGUAGUUAAAAGAAAAGCUCUCGAGGACAUUUCAAAGUUAAAAAGCUUCCUUAAGCCGUCGCCUUAG